AUGGCUGAAGUGGAAAAGCAAGAUGUUGAUAUGCUAGCAGCUGAACAAAAUGAUCAAGUUGAUCAAGUGGAGGAAGAAGUGGACAGUGAAAAGAUCAAACUUCUCACAGAAGCUACUUCCGAAGAUGGUACUAGUGCUUCUUUCAGAAUAACAGAUGAAGAUCAUACCCUUGGUAACACGCUUCGUUAUAUGAUCAUGAAAAACCCGGAGGUAGAAUUCUGUGGUUACUCUAUUCCUCAUCCUUCAGAAAACUUUUUGCACAUUAGAAUUCAAACAUACGGCAAAAUUACUGCUGUAGAGGCUUUGCACAAGGGUCUUGGAGAUCUAAUGGACAUGUGUGAUGCUGUAGAGGACAGAUUCACGCAAAGAAUCAGGGAAAUGUAG